AACAGUUCCAAAUUCCCGAUUUUGUAAAGUAUUUUAGUUUAAAAGUCUUCAUUUCUUUUGACACUUGCUAUGCACAUUGAGACCUGCUAUGUUUACUCCAUUAACAAGAGUGAAGUAUGAUGCAGUGUCACCACUGUCUCUUCAAGAUCUUGUUGUUUGCGUUAUCAUUGGUCAGUGUAACUCAAUGCCUGAGUAGAGGAGAACCAAAUGUUUGUGAAAAAACAGAGUCGUUUACAUAUACUACUAAAGGAACAUAUGCUGUUCCAUACCAAAGAUGUACAGUGAACUGGUGUUGGGACAUAUUUUCAUUCUUCAGAUGUACUGAGUGCAGCACCUUCUAUAAGACCGGAUAUAAAGAGUACUAUCAGAGGGUGUAUCGGCCUGUGUAUUAUUGUUGCACUGGGUACAUCCUCGUAAACAACCAGUGUGUUCCUCAUUGUUCUUCCGGUUGCGUCAAUGGAGUUUGCUCAGGACCGGAUACUUGUGUCUGUGACGUAAGAUGGCGGGGAAAUGACUGUAAUUCUAACUGUCCGCCGGACACCUGGGGUCCGAGUUGCCUGAAACAAUGCAACUGUAGUGGUCAUGGUCAAUGCAAGCUGGAUUCAGGGCACUGCAUCUGCGCAGCAGGAUACACAGGAGAGCGUUGUCAGACUGAAUGCCCGGAAGGAUCCUAUGGACCUAACUGUCAGCUACUGUGUCAAUGCAAGAACGGCGCCACUUGUAGCGCGACCAACGGCGCAUGCUUCUGUCCGCCCGGAUACCAUGGGGCACUCUGUGAGAAUCGUUGCCAGACUAGCUCAACCGAAGUUCACUGCAUUUCUAAUUGCAAAUGUCAGAAUGGGGCCGGAUGUAACACUCAGACCGGAGAAUGUUCCUGUAAGCCCGGAUGGAAGGGUGAGAUUUGUACCCAGCCAUGUGACAAGGGAACGUUUGGCGCCAAAUGUAAUUCAACCUGUAGUUGCUAUAACAACGCGACCUGUGACCCAAAGGUUGGCACGUGUGUCUGUGCAGCUGGGUACAUCGGCGAAAAAUGUACAGAGGAAUGUCCUAUUGGGUUUUACGGUGAAUUCUGCUCAAAAGAAUGCAACUGUGAAAACGGCGGAACUUGUGACCACGUGACAGGCAGCUGCAGCUGUGUACUGGGGUUUGCUGGACCAACUUGUUCUAGAAGAGCCUGUGACGAGUGGAAGUAUGGAGAGAAAUGUAGCAGCCUGUGUCAGUGUAACAUCUCGUAUUCAGACAGCUGUCAUCCGGGUACUGGAGAGUGUUACUGUAGCCCUGGUUACAGCGGGGUCACGUGCAGCGAACCAUGUCCGGCGCCAAAUUACGGAGACAGAUGCGAAAAAGAAUGCGACUGCUUCAAUGGCGCUCUUUGUCAUCACGUGACCGGGGAAUGUCAAUGUGAGGAGGGAUACACAGGUCAAAGAUGUGAGCAGACUUGCCCUCACGGCUGGUUUGGCAGAAACUGCUCUCAGAUGUGUACCUGCCAAAAUGGCGGCAUCUGCCACUUUCAAAAUGGCUACUGUAACUGUGCGCCAGGAUUUAUUGGUCUGCAUUGUGAAAAAGUAUGUGGCGUUGGUUUCUAUGGUUACAACUGCACCCAGAAAUGUAAUUGUCUGAAUGAUGGAUAUUGUAACCCUAGAAACGGCGAGUGUUUGUGUCGACCGGGGUAUGAAGGCUCGAAAUGUGAAAACCGGUGCAAGAGAUGGAAUUUUGGAAAGAAGUGUGAACAGAGAUGCGAAUGUGACCCAGAACACAGCUACAGGUGUGGAGCAGAAAACGGGGAGUGUUUCUGUGACUCUCAGUGGUUUGGUGUGAAUUGUAAGAGCAAAUGCAAGGAAGGUAGCUGGGGAGACAAUUGUGAAAAGAGAUGUACGUGUUACAACAGAGGGUCAUGUGACCAGGAGACCGGAACUUGUAUCUGUAGGCCCGGAUAUCAAGGGGGCGAUUGUUCAAAAGCAUGUGCCGAGGGUUACUUUGGAAAUAGCUGUCGUUUCCGGUGUAAAUGUGAGGCUACUCAGGCCUGUGACCACGUGACUGGUCAUUGUAUUUCACCCACGUGUCAAGCUGGAUUCACGGGACCCACGUGUAAACAUCCCUGUCCAAUGGAUCGCUAUGGAUUACGUUGUAAAAAGACAUGUCCAUUGUGUGAAAACCUUGGUAUUUGUCACCCCAACAAUGGUUCCUGUAUUUGCUCACCGGGAUUUAUCGGUACUCUGUGUGACAAACUUUGUCCUGAUGGUUACUAUGGAUACAAAUGCAGCGCCAAGUGUUCCUGUGAAAAUGGCGCCAACUGUAGUAAAUCUGACGGAAGAUGUGAUUGUCCCCCAGGUUAUAUUGGAGCCAGCUGUUCCCAGAGUUGUCCCGAGGGUUAUUAUGGGAAACACUGCAAACGGACCUGCCCCUGUAACGUCACACAGUUCUGUCAUCCGUCAUACGGCUGUAUACAUCGACCCAAAACCAAAACUGACAAAGUAGUGAGCAAUGGAGAGGAAUCAUCUUCCAGUGGUCUAAUUAUCGGAAUUACCGUAGCCGCUGUCGUGGUUUUGAGUGUUAUUAUCAUCAUCAUCAUGGUCGUCUACUACAAACGUCGAGUCGGGCGUCUAAAGUCUGAGAACUGCACAGUGAUGCAUUACAUACAAUCGACUGAAGGAACCGACGCCGACAACCAGAAUGUACCCAACAUUGAGCGGGAAAUUCAGCGCCAGCAGCAACAGAGCAACCACCAAUGCGCAACUUCCUGUAACGAGAACGAGGUUGCAUGCAGUGUUCCUAGUAUUGAUCCAACAGAUGUUAAAAAUGUUAGUCUUCCAGUAAAUGGAGCAUGCGUGACGGUAUCAUCGACUGACGAUGACAGCGAAUCAGACAGAUACACCACGCUUACAGAUUUUCAGGCUAAACUGGACGAAAUUGAUAGAACAGAAAACGCGGCCUGUGCCAAGCUGGAUGCUAAAAACGAAAACAACUACGAGGUCAACUUAGAUGACAUUGAAGCCCCCAAAAGACAAAAUAUACCUGACUAUGACAACGUAUCAAUAGAAUCUGGCCAUGUAAUUUCAUCCUCUGACAUUGAAAAGGUACUUCCAUAAGUGUUACGGACUAUGGCUAUGUAUAACGUGACCCUUUUUCGAGACGUUGCCAGUAAUUGCAGUGUAUCUUUCCAAACAGGAACAAUGUUCCUUGUGCUGAGGAAUAAAUGUAAUAUUCCAUUCAAUCAGAACUUCAUUACAUUGCUGAAACGAAUAAGGACGUAGCGGAUAUUACAUAAUCAUCAUCAUGCAUGGCUAGAAGUACACUCUCGGAAAAUGACGUUAUUUAUUUGUUAGAUAAAAAAGUCGAGUUGUUACUAUUACGACAUUAUUUUGAUACGUUUUGGAAUACUUGGUGGUCUUUUUGUUAAGCUACAGCUUUUGAUGGCAGGCUAUCUACUGACAUGUAAAACUACUGUAUGUGUUGAAUGCAGAUUUUUUUUUUCAUUUGUUAUGAUUCUAUUGUGUUCGCUGUUUUAUGUAUUAUAUUUGAAUUUAUGCAGAGUGUGUAAUUUAUGACUGUUCACAAGUAUAUUGUUCAACAUUUGAGAAUUCAUCGCAUUUAGGAUAACUGAUUUUAAUCAUAAAUUUAUUUUUUUUAAAAGGAAGUACAAGUACAUGUAAGGAGAUAAAGGCAUUUACAUUCUUACUGCAAUAAAGUAAACGCUCUUUAUCCCAA